AUGAAUCACGAUUACCCUGACACAUCAAAUUUGAGACAUGUACAACAACAAAAUCGUGAACGACGUCGUUUGUACCUACAACAGAGGAGGCAACGCUCAGCUUCGGAACCAAAUGCUCAAACUGAACAACCACAAAGAGAAUUCGAACAGUUACGCCUUCAAAACUUAAGCACUGAACAACGCUCAGCAAGAUUGGAGCAACGUCGUCUUACUCAGCGCAGGCGAAGAUUGUUUAUUCGCGAAGAAAGUGCGACCUCUAAUGUGCAACAAAGAGAAAUUCAAAGGGAAAGUUGGCGUAAUUAUGCUAGACAAAGGAGGGCUGCUUUGACUAUUGAACAACGCGAACAACAACUUGCAUGGCGACGAACAAAUUAUCGACAAAUAAGGCAAAUAUCUGAAAAUAUCGAACAAACUUCUCAUCCAAAUCAAGUACAUAAUAUGACGAAUGCACAAACAAGCAGAUGCAUGUUAAACUUUUUCGAUGCAAUCCCAAGAAGAAAUAGAACAGGAUGGCGUAGGCCGCGAGCAACAGUUUUGCCAACCAUUCACGAAGAAGGCAAUUUGGUUGCGACUAAUGUUUUUAGACGGGAAAGUAGAAUGACUGCACUCGCACGUAUCGACUUACCCCGAUAUGCACCUACUCAUUCGAUGUAUGAGCAUGGAAGCACAAGUGGCAACAGACAAGAUCUUCGUGAAGUUCAGAUAGAAGGAAAUAUCCCUCACGUCGACCACAAUCAGGAUGCUUUGAGUGAUGAAGAUAUUCCAAAUAAUCGAUCAUUUAUCCAUAGGAGAUAUCAUAAUUGUGCAAGAAAUUUUCAUGAAAGUGAAAGGUUCCAAAGAAUGCAGUUCCCUGCUCCAACUACAUGUAGACAUUGCAACGCAAGAUUGUUCCACCGUGAAACAUCUACCAUGUGUUGGAAUAAUAGAACAAUUAUUUUGCCACCAGUAACAGCUCCAAAUGAGAUGAUUGAUAUUUUCUCUGACCAAACAGUAGAAGGUCGUCAUUUCAGACAAAAUAUUCGAGCCUACAAUCAUGUUUUCUCAUUCACUUCAAUGGGUGUUCAUGUUGAUGAAAACUUAGCAACAAGAACUCGAGGUGUGUACACGUUUCGUGCACAAGGAGCCAUAUAUCAUAAGAUUGGGAGUCUCUUACCAAAUUCUAGCGACAGACCGAGAUAUUUGCAACUGUAUGUUUAUGACACUGACCACGAGAAUGAGAAUCGAAUGUCUGAAAAUGAAGAAUUGCACUUGGACUUGCUUGACAAGAUAAAGAAUAUUUUAAAUACUCAUAAUCCAUUUGUACACACGUUGCGCCAAUUGGCUCAGCGUCUAGACAUACAUGAAUGCAGACUUCAAAUCAAAGAGCAACCACGUAAUAGGCCCCAAUACAACCUUCCUACUACUCUUGAAGUUGCUGCAGUUUUAGUAGGUGGCGAAGAAGCUGGAUAUUUAAAAUCAAGAGAUAUCAUUGUCCAAUCAAUCAGUGGUCACCUCCUAAAUAUUUCUGAUAUUGUCGGAUACUAUGAUCCAUUACAGUAUCCUCUGUUGUUACCCUCCGGUUCAUAUGGAUGGAAUGUAAAUACCAGAAGUAAUGAUGGCAGAAAAGUAACAUGUUGUGAUUUCUAUUCUUAUAUGCUACAGAUUUGCCCUGGUGAUCAAUCUCUUUUUCUUCGAGGAGGUCGUCUCUUACAGCAGUAUGUUGUAGAUAAUUACGUAAAGAUUGAGUCCAACAAAUUAAGAUGGAUACGUACUCAUCAGAAUCACAUUCGAGUAGAUUUUUAUCAAGGUCUUCUAGAUGCAAUACAUGCUGGUGAAAAUUAUGGAGGCAAUGUUGGUCGUAGAACAAUAUUGCCAUCGUCAUUUGUUGGUAGCCCACGAGACAUGUAUCAGUGA